CACACAUUAUUUACACACAUUAUUUACCUCCACCCUCCAGGGUUAUUGCCGCCCACGUUACUCCCCUGACGGAGUUGUUGACCCCGGGGCCGGUGAUUUACUCCACGCCCCGGUCCGGGCCCCGCCGCUGAUGGAGGCGACGGCGGCCGCGGCAGAGUCUUGUUCUCUGGUCGAUAUUUUAACCGAUGGUGAUUGGGAUCGGCUGACACGACCAACUGAGGAUUACCUAUCACGGCUCAGCGAGGAAUCCACUGAGGUCUUCCGUUUAACCAAUGGAGAACAGCUUGCCAUCACCCCAUCGUCUGUGGCCUUCCUUAAUCUGUUCGAGGACCACGUUGAACAGCGGAUACUGGCCCUGCUGAAUCCGCAGGAUCGCAAGACGGUGGUUGCCGUCUACGUGGGGCAGGGCUGGUGCUCGCUAGACCAGGCUUUGAGGACGUCCAAGCCAGGGAGGCAGGAGCUGGUCCAGGUGCGAUCGGUCGGGGAGCGGAUUGUGCUCUAUCUGCUGAACCGGGUGAUCUGUGGGAGCAGCGAGCUCCCGGUCGACAUCCUCCCAUUCCGGGAUCAUCCCGUCGAUGAGUUUGCCAAGAUCUUCUGGAAGGACCAAGAAGCUGCCGGGUUUUACACCGUGAAGAUGAAAGCGAGCCUGUGCUCCACCCACACCAGCCGGUGUUACCAGCUGCCCGUCCUGGACACCAUCUUUGUCCGCGAGGGACACCGUGGCCGGGGGCUCGGGCGGGAGAUGCUGGAGGACUUCUGCGGCCUGUUUCCCGACGGCGAGGAGGAGCUGGGAAUCAGCCGGCCCAUCUCAGCGGCCAUGUACAGAGUUUGCCACAGGUAUCUGCAGUCUCGACCUGAAGACCAGAAUCGCCUGUGGGAGGUGGAGGCUCCAGGAGACUGGAGCCAAAGGCAGAAUGUCUGGUUAUUGAUCCAAAUGGGAGACAUACCCUCGGCUGACUCUUCGGCCCAUCCGGGUAGCACCUGAGAGGGUCAAAGGGCAAGGAGGGGAAUGUCGGAGUGAAAGAAUGGUGGAACCACGACCCGGAAGGUGUUGCUGAGGGAGGUGGUGGUGGAGGCAGAUAGGACCGUCACAUCCAAGAGACUUUUGGAUAGUUACAUGGAUAUGCAGGGAAUGGAGGGAUAUGGAUCGCUUGCAGGCAGAGUUAAUCUUGGCAUCAUGUACAUUGUGGACCGAAGGGCCUGUCCCUGUACUGUACUGCACAGGGUGGUGAAUCUGUGGGAUUCUUUGUCACAGAAGGCUGUGGAGGCCAAGUCAGUGGCAGAGAUUAUGGGCAGAUAGAUUCUCGAUUAGUUCAGGUGUCAGAGGUUAUGGGGAGAAGGCAAGAGGAUGGGGUUAGGAGGGAGAGAUAGAUCAGCCAUGAUUGAAUGGCGGGAGUAGACCUGAUGGGCCGAAUGGCCUAAUUCUACUCCUAUUCCAUAUGACCCCACUGACCUGUGACGGGGGAAGGUGCAGAGAGACCAUCUGGGGGAGGUUCCUGAUGGAAACAUCUAUGAGACAUCCCAUUGAAGUUGUAUUGUCCAGCAUGUAGCCCUAGUCACUGAGUGCAGGCAACACAUCACCUCAACCGAGAGUCGCCAACUCUCCCGCUCCCAAAUAAGGGACAAAAGGUCAAAAUAUUCCCGAAGGCAAUUCGUUGACCGACUGGGCCGUGGCUGGGCGGGUGAAUGAUGAGUUGGCCCCGGGUGCUGGACUGUACAUAAAGCCCAGCGGGGGCGGGCCAGCUGAGGAGUUUUGGCCCGGGGGCCACGUGCAAAGUUCGGCGCCCCGUCCAACUCGUGAACGGCCGUGAGACGGAGGGGUGGUGGUGGUGUCGGCGGUGAGCGAAGGUCCGAAGGUCGGACAGCUGACCGGGCUUCCGACCGACCGACGGGGCCACGGGCGAGGUGCUGCUGCUGCUGCUGCACUCCACGGGCUGCACUACGUCGGGACGGGUGAGGCAGGGGCCGGACGUG